AUGCAAAAGCAGUUGCGGCUCAACAACUACCAAGACGACGAGAGUAUCCGGCCUCAGGUGGACCGUCUGCAGCAGGCGACGGGGACAGCCGCCGCUGCAGCAGCUUUAGAAGAAUCACAUACGCGCCCGCCGGCCCCUCCAAAGCCUCGAGGUGGUGCUGUGGAUGCUUUUGAAGCUUCUUUAGCUCCACGAAGGCGACAGGCAACGCCAGUAACGAACAAUCCAACACCAACAACGCCAGUAUCACCACCACCACCGCCUGUAGCAACGAAACCUGUAGACUUCGCAACGAAGCCUGUGUCACCUAGCGCUACCGCUACUCCUGCUUUGAACGGUCGUCCAGCUCAACAACCUCCACCUAUUCCUAGCAAACCACCGUCUUCAUCAUCACCAUCUUCACGGUCUCACCCUCCUCCAAUCCCUGUCAAAAAACCAUCUCCACCGCUACCUCCUCCAUCUCUCAAAGCCGACGACAACGACCGAGUAUCAGUGGCAAAUCCUUUGUACACCGGCGUUCGCUGCGCAGGCUGUAAUAAGCCGAUUGCCGGCCGAGUCAUCCGUGUAGACCAGAAUCAGUGGCAUGUGGACUGCUUCAAGUGCAAACACUGUAAACAGGACCUCGAGCAUAUUGCAUUCCAUUCCAAGGACGGUCAGCCUUACUGUGCUCUUGACUACCAUGAACUGUUCAGCACACGCUGCGACUAUUGUGGCACUCCAAUCGAAGAAAAGUCCAUCAGUGCUUUAGGGAAAACCUAUCAUGUGGGCCACUUUUUCUGUCGAGAAUGCGGAAAGCCGUUUGACGAAUCGAGCGCGUUUAUGGUGCAUGAAGGACAUCCAUAUUGUGAAAAGGACUAUUUGGCCAAGUUUGGACACAAAUGCAUGGGUUGUGGAGAGUAUAUUACGGGUGAAUUUCUGGGUGCACUAGGUGGUGAUUGGCACAAAGAAUGCUUUGUUUGUGCGGACUGCGGCAAGGCAUUUGAAUCAGCUACAUUCUACGUACGGAAUAACAAGCCUUUCUGCGAAGAACAUUACAAGAACCCACGAAGCGGCAAUGUUAAAAUAUGUCAGCAAUGCGGAGACGUGAUUGAUGGUAGAGCCGCUUCUGCUUUUGGAAAGGAUUAUCAUCCACACCAUUUUCAAUGUGCUCGCUGCAGCAAAAUUCUAUCCAGCCGUGUUCCAGGCAUGUGGAUGGAAGGAGCACCGGGUGAAUUGAUAUGUAAGAUGUGUGGUCGAAGAUAG